AUGUCAUGCCCUUGCUUCAUUUGUAAAACUCAUGAGCCAGUGCCAACUCACACACACUUUGUCAAGUCAAAGUUUACCUCAGAAAACUCUUAUGGUUUGGUGUCAAUCAGCAAUGUAAGCUCAUCUCCUUCAUCUGCAUUAAAAUUCAAAAUUAAUAAGACUCAGGCUGCGUUGGAUAUGAAUUUUUCAGCUAUUUUGCCUACUUGGAUUAUUGAAGACGUUCUUUUUAUUGAAGCUUAUGAAGGUUCUAUUUCUGAUUCUCUAAUAGGCACUGGAAGUAUUCCAUUAGCAUACCAAGCAUUUGACGAUUCACUAGUAGAAGUAAAUUUGGACUCUUUUAUUGAUGAACCUAUUACUGUGUCUUUUAAACUGAGUUUUGAAAGUAUUCUGUAUUAUAUUAAAUAUUAUUGAGGCUUUUCCUAAUAAAAAAGUACUUAUAAUUAUUGAAAUUAGUAUAAAUGCAAAAAUAUCGAAAACCCUUCUUAUAUGAUUUUUCGCAAAACCUCAAGACUCGACCCCAGCUAUAAAUAUACACUAGAAAUAAUAAACGGUGAAAAAACAGACGAAAUUCGUAUAAAAGAUGAGUCACAAGGCUAUAAAGAUGAAGUUUGGCACCAUAUAUCCACUAUUGAGUCCUUUGAAGUCAUGAAUCUUAAUUUCAAAAUGACAAAUCUUAAUGGGACAGGAAAAGCUAGGAACUUUGAAAGCUCUACAACAAUCCAAAAGAAAAAUUUUAAAAACGUUCCUUACUUUUUUACCUUGAGGUCUCCUACAGUACAGUUUUCUUCAUUCCUUACUUUUUAUUUGGUGCCUUUUAAUUCCCAGUUUAUCACAUGCCCAACAGGUUCGUUUGAGAUCAAGUUUUUGCCUCAGUCUAAUAGGUGAAUUAGUGAUUUUAUAGCAGAAAGAGGCUAUUUUCAGUUUCAAUUGAUGACUUUGCUUGUGCAGCAUCAGGUUAAAGGAGAAAUUCAGGUUGAGGAGCUUUCACAGAUUUUGGAGCAUCAGGAAUAUGCUUUUAAGUUUGAUACUAGAGAUAUCAAUGACAAGCUUGUGGUGAAAUUGUUUUCGUAUAAGGAAAAUCAAGAAGUCGCAUCCCUUUGCUAUGUAGGAAUGAUUAAAUUUAAAGAAACUCCAGGCUUCAAAUAUAGACAAGACUACCAAUGCAUAGUCCAAUUCGGCCCAUUCACAUUAGACGUCACUCUAUCCAGCGAAGAGUCCAAAAUUGAAGAAAACCCUCAGAAAUUCGAAACUUCUGUUUCAGAAUUCAAAGACCCAGAGCCUGCCAAUUUAACCUAUAAAGACAGAACUUUUUUCAAUGUCCUUGACCUAAUGGAAUUCAAAAUCCAUCAAAUUUCAAAAAGAAAUAGCUUGACUACCACCCAUAUAAAUAAACUUAAAACCCGAAAUGAGCUCCUCCGCAAGCAAAUUUUUGAUUUAGAGCACUCUCACCCUAUAACAGAAUUUGAUAAUAUUGUGCAGCAGUCUGCUCUGAAGCCUAAAAAAAUGUCAAAUUCUCAGUCUAUAAGUCAAAUUUUGCCUGGAAAUAGCAUCAAACCUUUAGAAGAAACAGCUGCACCUAAAUAUCAAAUUUGUUCAUGUGGGAAUCGAAAUCCAAAAUUUAAAGGAUAUUGUGAAAAUUGUGUGAAAACUUUAAAAGAUCAGUAUGAAAGAGUACUAAAAUGAUAUAAAUGGCUAUGUGCUAUUCAGCUAUAAUAAUUAUCAUAUAAUUAUCUCAUUUUAUAUUAAAAUUAAUAUAGGGUGUUAUAAAAAAAAUGGUAAAAUUAAUUUAAUAUAAAAUACUCCCAUAAAGAACAAAUUUGAUGAACUUGAGAGAAAAUACACUGGGAUUAAUGCAAGAAAAAUAUUAUUUGAAGGGAAAAUAAUAAAACUGCAAGAAAAAUUGAAAAAACCGGUAGAUAUUGAAGAAGGGGAUACUGAAGAAGUCAAACAAAUGAUGGUCCAGCUGACUGAGCUACAAAAUGAGGUAGAAAACAUGCAAGAAGAAGCCAGAAGGAAAACUGAAAUAAUUGAAACACAGAAGAACGAUAUACAAGUCAAUUUAAGUGAAAAAGAAAAAGAGGAAGGAAAAUUGCAGAAGAAACUGAGGGAAAGCGAAGAAAAAGCUGAAAUAAUAGCGCAGGAAAUUGAUGAGACUAAUAAAAGAAUGGUGGAUAAAAAGGUGUUUAAUGACAAGUAUAGAGGAAAAUAUUUGCCGACUGCGUAG